CAACGUGUGGUGUUCACGAAAAUGUGUGGAGGACAUCCAUCUAUCCGAGUAGACUAGAAUAGCAAGCUCUCAGAGUAGCACACCAUGCUAUCCUAGUAGCCAUGGCACUUCAAUUCUCAGCUUCUGAAACAAAUUUAAAAUCUCAUUAUCCUCUUCCAACCAGAGCCAGACAUUUGAAUCCUAGAAUUCUGAUCUCCUGUUCUAAUGGCAACAAAGAAACAGAGCACUCAUCAACGGCAGGCAAAAUCAAACGAUUGGUUCUGAGCCAAGAAGGCAGGACGAAGCUGAACCCUUUGCCGGAUCGAGAAUUCUACGCGUACCCUCGAUUCGUGACCCACGUUGACGACAAUUUCAUAUCCACGUUGACGAAUCUGUAUAGGCAACGCUUGAGAGCGGAGUGGGAGAUUCUUGAUCUGAUGAGCUCAUGGGUGAGUCAUUUGCCCCAAGAGGUGAAGUAUAAGAGGGUUGUAGGACACGGGCUCAACGCCCAGGAGCUUGCCAGAAACCCUCGCCUCGAUUAUUUCUUCGUCAAGGACUUAAACCAGGAUCAAAAUCUUGAAUUCCAGAAUUGUAGCUUUGAUGCCGUCUUGUGCACUGUCAGCGUUCAAUACCUUCAGCAGCCCGAAAAGGUGUUUGGUGAAGUUUUUAGGAUAUUAAAACCAGGAGGGAUGUUUAUAGUGAGCUUCAGUAAUAGACUUUUCUAUGAAAAAGCCAUUAGUGCGUGGAGGGAUGGAACGGCAUACAGCAGGGUGCAGCUGGUGGUGCAAUACUUCCAAUCUGUAGAAGGCUACACCCAACCUGAGGUUAUCCGCAACUUUCCUCCACAGAACAAAGAUAAGAGCAUUAAUGAAUCCCCAUUUAAUUGGCUGCUCAAACUUUUCUCACCAACAUCAAAUGAUCCUUUUAAUGCAGUUGUAGCUUACAGAAACUUCAAGCCAUUAUAUGAAUAGAUGUUUCAUUGUUUAACUCCUCCUAAUCUCCUAUCAUAGAACGAAGAAUAUUUUUUUUGUUAGUUAUAGGCCAUGUUUGAUUAAUAGUAGAUCCACUAACUUUGGCGUU